UUAAAAUGAGCAAAUAAUAUAUAGGAAGUGCAUCUCUCCGCCGCUCCACAAUACGCUCUGCAAUUGCUCCUCGCCGCCGUGACUGUCACUUUCUCGUUCCUUGACCUUCUCUCCCCUUCUCCUCCUCCUUCAACUUCGUUGCUUGGCACUUCGAAGACCACAGCUUACUGUUUCCAUUCCGCUGUUUGGUUGCCGAGAAAAAGCUGUAGGUAUAAAUGGCACGCUCCAAGGCUCCGGCAAAGAAGCAGCAAAAGCGCGGCAUCGACUUCAAAAAAAUAAGGCGAAAGAUUGGCAGAAAGUUGCCACCACCAAAGAACGCUACGAAUACUGAAAUUAAGUCCAAAGCAAUUGUUCUUCCCGAGCAGAGUGUGGCAUCAGAGAAGGCAGGAUUAGCAGUGAACAAGAAAGGUUUAACAUUGAAGGAACUUCUUCAGCAAACAUCUCAUUACAACCCGAAAGUUCGUAAAGAUGCAUUACUGGGUAUGAAGGAUUUACUCCUUAGGUAUCCAGAAGAGUUGAGGUUGCACAAGUAUGCUGUUGUUGAAAAGCUGCGUGAACGCAUUGGUGAUGACAAUAGACUGGUUCGAGAUACGCUAUAUCAACUUUUUAAGUCAGUAAUUUUACCUGGCUGUAAGGAGGAUAAUCAAGAGCUGUUGAUUUCCUUGAUGAUGGCCUAUAUAUUUAAUGCAAUGACGCAUUUAGCAAUCGAUGUUCGGUUGAUGGCUUUCAAAUUUUUGGAGCUUGCUAUCCAAUACCAUCCACCUUCCUUCUUCUUGAAUGCUGAAAAGAUUCUUCAAAGCUUUGAGGAUAUUCUGCAGAGGAACCAGUUUUUUUUAGAGGACAAGGGCAAGCUCAAGACUGCUCUUGCCGGCCUGGAACUAUGCUUGUCGCUUUUGCCAUGUAACAAGAGAGAAGUUGGCUCGUGUGAAAAGAAUGGUGCUGGACAAGGGAUACUGCAUGCUUUUGAGCCUGAUGUACUUGCAAAAUCUGCUGGAUGUUCAAUCAUCAUCCCGAAACUAAAAGACCUUGUCCCAGUUCUAGUAAAUUGUUUCCAAGAUUUUAUUCCAGAAGUUCAGACUGGCUCUCUUCUUAAUACACAAUCAUUUGAUUGUAUGCUGUCCAUACUUAACAGCAUAAACCUUGCUGUCAAAUUCUUCUUUUAUAUGACUGAUGAGGGUAAACUAGAAUCACAACCUUCUCAAGGGGGGCAUGGUGUGACUAUGUGUGAUACUAUCUCUGUGACACUAGUGAAGACGUUUUUGCAAGUUUUGUUUCCCCUGAACAUGAGAAAUCAACUUUCAGAAAAGGAUGAUGUUAAAUAUUUUGUCUUGAACACUCUGAUGACAGAAAUAUUUUUGCACUUAAGCAAAUGGAUCUGCCCUCCUCCUGUUUUAUUUGAGAAAAUUUUAGAAUUUCUGGAAGAUUCUCUGCUUGGAAAGGUAUGCAAUGACACGCUUUCUGGUAAGGCAGUCUGGGAGAAGCAUUUAAUUUCACUUCUUCCUUUUGUUCCAAAGCUUGUUUAUCGAGUGGCAGAUGACUGGAAGUCUCGCCUUCUUCAGGCUUUUAGUGAGGCAUUCAAGGACUGCAAUCCUGUAUCCCCUUUAAAAUUGGCUUGUCUUUCCAUACUGGAGGAGCUGCUAGUUCCUAGACAAGAUAUGCUGUACCUGGAUCCGAGUAUUUCCGAGAUAUUAGACUUUCAGAUUACCUGGAUAAGAGAGCUUCCUGUGUUGCUUAUCCUGCUGGGUGAUAAAAACCCAUACUAUUCCCAGGUUGUGCUGCACCUUCUACUUCGCCUGGGACAACGUGCUUUAGUGAACUCAUCCUUUGCAUGGGAAUAUGACAACAUGCAAUUGUCACUGCAAGAAUUUUUUGGCAUAAGUAAAGAUGAUGGAAAUGUAUUAUAUGGUCCCUUUGUAAGGCUUCCCAGAGAUUCUCAAGAACUCUCUCUUUCCUGCCUCUGCUAUAUCUCUAAUUUGGGUCCACUUUUGCUGAAGUCAAUAGCUUACUGUUGCCUAUGUCCUGAUCUGGAACAAUAUGUAUUAUUUCGAAUCAUAGAGGUCCUGAAUUCAGCUUAUAAAUCUGGGCAUAUUCAGAUUGUUGAUCACAUUAGUUUCUUGAUCACUUUGCUCUCCCAUUUCAGAGUUUUCCCAGAAAAUAUUGUUCCUGAUAGAGAGAAUGAUGUGAAUAUCUCAAAUCGAGGGACUUUUAAGUCACUCAGCCGAAUCGUCUGCUCAUGCCUGUCACAGAUGGGUGAUAAUACUCUUGUUUUGCAGAUGCUAGAGAAAAUUAUACUCGAUCAGAUGUCUCAAAAUCCCCCUCUAGACAACGUUUGUGCUAUGCUUAGGACGCUUAUUACACUGGACUCUAAAACAACGAUAAUUUCCCAAGGAGCUUUUAUAAGCCUAGGCAAUAUCCUUCCACGGUAUCUGAUUGACGUUGUACAGUUUUACCGUUUCUCAGGUAUCUGCCUUCUGAUGCAGUGCAUUGUUGAAGAUGACAAGAAGACCACCGUUUCCAUUUCUUCAAGUUCAUGUCGUUAUUAUCUCAUCCCUUGCUUUGUCUUGUUUGAUAAAAGUCACGAACUUCUGAAUCUUGUAUUGAAUACAUUGGGGUCAUGGAUAACUGAAAGUAGUUUGCCACAUGUAACUGGUGAUCAUACCCACUACGCAACUGACAUUUCAAGUAUGGUAGAUGCAGUCGUUUUCCUGCUGCAAUUGAUGCAUAUGGAUGACAAAAUCUGUCAAAUCAUAUCUUCGUUCAAGGCAGAGAUUGACUAUAUCAUGGAAGGCAUCAGGUUAUUACAGUCAUCAGCGGAAAUCCGCAUGACGAUUGAAGAAAAGCACAAGGUGCAAUGUGCACUUGGUAGACUACAGACUGUAAUAAUAACACUGCAUAGUGAGAUGCAGUCAGUCUAGAAGAACAUUGUUAACCUGAGUUAACUUGCGUUGAAUACGCAACUAUGGUGGAAGUACAAGGAGUUAAAAGAGAACAGACGGUGCAGAUCCAGUAGCUAGAGUACGGCUUCCAGAUUGAUGUUGGUCGUCAAUCCUUGACUUGGUUCAGCUUAGGUACUCGAAGGCCGGGACUGAAUGCACUUCUCCCAUGGCCGUUGUGUCUACCUCAUGGUUUUCAACGAGUGUAACUAAUCAAAAGCAAAAGAAGAAAAGAGUCUCAAACACGUACCAAAUUUUUCGGGUUUUGGGGGCAUGAAGCUAAAGUAGUGUCUCCAUCGUAUAUCUGGCGGUGUUGGGUGUCCAAUUUUGUUAUAGAAAGAUUGAAACAGAUUGAUGGUGAUUUAGGAAUAGUUUUUCUUUGUACUUUUACUCCUUAUCUAUAACCUAGUAAUUAACAAGAUCAUUAUUUUUGUUAA